CUCUGAGCAGAGACAGCUGUGCUGGUGUGAAAGGCAGUGGAGGCCGCACAGUGGAUUAGAGAUGGAUUGCUGCAAAAUGUCACACCAGCUCCCUCACCAUGUCUCCAUCCCAGGUGAGCUGUACCCAUCUAGGGUCAUCACUGUGUCUGGCAUUGUCCCACACAAAGCUAAGAGAUUCUACAUCAACCUGUGCACGGACACUGACAUCGCCUUCCACUUCAACCCUCGAUUUGAUGAGAACACUGUGGUCCGGAACACUGAGAUCCAGGGUGUCUGGGGGACAGAGGAGCGAAGCCUGCCCUUCAACAUGCCCUUCAGACAAGGACACAGCUUCACGGUGGCAAUCACUUGUCAAGCUGAGUGCUACAGUGUGAGUGUGGAUGGCGAACACCUGCUGGAUUUCGCCUACCGCCUAAAGGACCUGUGGGCCAUUGUCCACUUGGAGGUGAAUGGUGAUCUGGAGUUUAGUUCAGUGAGUGUCUAGGUGGCCUCCCUGGCUGGUACACUGCCGUCUGCCUCUCUUCUCGCUGCUCAACCACACCCUGCACCAGUCUCUGGAACCCUGACCUCUGAGCUAGGCUGCCCCUCCCUGUAAUAGCAGGCAAAGCCCAGCCCUACUCCUCCUGCAGUGUGGGGUCCCAGCCUGCUGAGCCCCCAGCAAAGGCCCAUGCUGCAUGCAGCUCUCAAUUGCCCUCCCACCCUCUGUGCAACGCCUCUUGGGAAGGCCACAGUUGUGCACUUCAGUGACAAUGUGACCUGCACAGCCUCCCCCAACCCAGUCCUGAGACCCUAGCCUCUCUCCUAGGCUUUGAACCCUGUUGCCCCUAGCCUCUUGGGAAGGCUGUUCUGUUGACAUUCUGCUGGCUUCUCCCAACUGACCAGAACUUUCUCAGAGAGGGCUCCUCCCUUUCCUGGAAAACUUAAAAUAAAGAGAACACUGUC